CACUCCCACUUUUCGAGACAGGGAGAGAGAGAGAGAAGAAGGGAAAAAAAUAAAAAAAAAACUCCACCUUGAAAGAUAGCGUGAAAAAACAGAGUUAAACGAUCAAGGAACGGCAAGAGCAGCGGAAAUGGGAUCCAAAGCAGCGACACCGCCAUACCCCAGUGCCGCGAGAAUAGCAGAUUCUCAGUGCUACCCUCAGUACACCGCCUCUCUCAAAUCGAAAUUUGCAGGCCUGGAGGAGUUCAGUUCUGACAAGAGUAAAUGUCAAGAGCACUUUGAUGUUUACAAAGAAUGCAAGAAAAAAGAGAGGGAAGCUCGGUUGGAACGCAACAAAAGUAGGUCUUUCUUCUCAUGAAAACAGUUGUUAGAGGGCUCUUUACAUUCUUUUGUAAACAAUUAUCCAUGAGACGUAGAGAAAGUUGAUCUUAUGUUUGUUUCAGAAUCCACUGGAUUCUAACACGAGUUGUAGAACUCAGGUUAUUAUGCUAUGACAUGAGGAAAAGUUCGAAAAUGUAGUCUUGUUUGAAAAUUAUAAGAAUAGCAUACUCUUUGUUUAUGUACAUUUGUUGAGACUCAAAGCUGCAUAUCAAGUCCUUUUGCAA